CCCCGCCCUGCUCUUCCCGCCGGUCGUUGGCGGAGGCCGCGCCGAUGAAGCCGGCUCAGGAUCCAGCAGUGGUGGCAGAAAUGCUUAUGGACCCUGUGCAGCAGUGCCGUGUGGUCUUGGAGGACGUGGCCAUCUGUUUCUCCCAGGAAGAGUGGGGCCUCCUUGACGAAGCUCAGCGAUUUCUGUACCACGCCGUGAUGCUGGAGACCUGCGCGCUUCUGUCCUCCGUGGGUUGCUGGCACGGAGCCCAGGACGAGGAGUCCCCUUCAGAGCAAGGUGAUUCUGUAGGAGAGUCACAGGUCAGGACUUUAAAACCAGGCCCACCCACCCAGAAGUCCCAGCCCUGGGAGAUGUGUGGCCCACUCUGGAAAGACCUUUUGCGCUUGGCUGAGCAUGAUGGAAUGAACCCUGACCAAGAGCUAUCUGUUCGUGGGGCAGACCUGCACCGGCACCAAAAGGAGCAGAUUGAAGACAGAUUUUCCAGAAGGGAUGAGGGGAGUCCUUCCUUUCCAGUGAAUGACAGCGUUCGCGUGGCAGAGAGUAGCUUCACAUGCAGCAAAGGCAGGGAGGACUUCCCAGCCAGCACGGGCCUUCUCCAGCACCUGGCCCCUCACCAUGCACUGAAACCAGACAGGGACACUGAGCAUGGGGAGACCUUUGAAGCUGGACAAAAUGAUUACAAGUGCACUCAGUGUGGGAAAGCCUUCAGCCAAAAACAGGUCCUUGCUGAGCACCAGAAAAUCCACACUGGAGUAAGACCUUACGAAUGCGGCAAAUGUGGGAUGGCCUUCGUUAGAAAAUUUCACCUUGUUCAGCACCAGAAAAUUCACACUGGAGAAAGGCCUUUUAAGUGCAAUGAAUGUGGGAAAUUCUUUAGGUACAACUCCACGCUCGUUAGUCACCAGAGAGUUCACAAUGGAUUAAGCCCUUACGAGUGUAGCAAAUGUGGGGAGUUCUUUAAGUACAAUGCCAACUUCAUGAAACAUCAGAGAAUCCACGACGGAGAAAGGCCUUACGAAUGCAGAGAAUGUGGGAAAUUCUUCAGGUACAACUAUCGGUUGAUACGACACGAGAGAGUUCAUACUGGAGAAAGGCCUUAUGAAUGCAGCGAAUGUGGGAAAUUUUUCAGGUACAGCUCCACAUUCAUUAGACACCAGAGAGUUCACACUGCAGAAAAGCCUUAUGAGUGCAGUGAAUGUGGAAAAUUCUUUAGGUACAAUUCCACACUCAUUAAACAUCAGAGAGUUCACACUGGAGAAAGGCCUUAUGAGUGCAGCGAGUGUGGGAAGUUCUUUAGGUACACCUCCACACUCAUUAGACAUCAGAGAGUUCACACUGGUGAAAGGCCCUAUGAGUGCAGCUUAUGUGGCGAAUUCUUUAGGUACAAGUCCAAGCUCAUUAAGCAUUGGCAGAGUCACACUGGAGAGAGGCCUUAUGAGUGCAGCGAAUGCGGGAAAUCCUUUAGGUAUCACUGCAGACUCAUUAGACAUAAGAGAGUUCACACCGGAGAAAGGCCUUAUGAGUGCAGUGUCUGCGGGAAAUUCUUCCGGUAUAACUCCAACCUUAUUAAACAUUGGAGAAAUCACACUGGAGAGAGGCCUUACGAGUGCAGCGAAUGUGGGAAAGCCUUUAGCCACAAGCAUAUACUUGUUGAGCAUCAGAAAAUCCACACUGGGGAAAGGCCCUAUGAGUGCAGCAAAUGUCAGAAGGCCUUCAUUAGAAAGUCCCACCUCGUUCAUCACCAGAAAAUCCACAGUGAAAACAGGUCUGUGAGCACCAUAAAUAUGGGGAAAUCUUGAGAUACAACUUGAAGCCACUGACCAGAGAAUUCCAUUGGCAAAGAAACUCAGGAGUGCAGAGAAGAGGGUGAAGCUUUAGGCACUGCUCUAAACUCAGUACCCAGAGGAGCACCUUACAAGGACAGCGGAUGUGCAGCAUGGUUUUGGUACAGCUCGCCACUCAUUAGGCAUCAAGAGGUCACGGGAGGAAGGCCUUCUGAGGGCCAUCAGUGCGCAGCCUUAGCACAACUCCAGCCUCAUUACACAUCAGAGAAUUCACGAUGGAAAAAGACCCUAUUUGUGCAGCAGAUAGAGGCCUUUGUUCAUCUCAAACUCCAACCUUUUUCUGCACCAAGAAGUUCACACCGCGCCAGAGAGCAUUGCAGAGGGGGAAAGACUUCAGCCAAAUAACCUGCUCUGACCUGUCCCUGGGACCUGCUGAAAGACACUUCUUCAUUUCACAUUUAUGUUGGGGCAAAGUGCAUGUAGCAGUUUACCCUGUCUUUGAGUCGCACAGUUUAGUAGUUUCAAAAAUUCACAUAUUUAUGCAACUAAUUUCCAGAAUUCCCUUCAUCUGGCAAAACUGAAGCUGUACCCAUGGAACAGCUCCUCCUGCCCCCUCCUGACCACCCCCGGAAGCUGUAGUUUUACACCCGGUC